ACUUUGGGAGAAAGGAGAUGUGCCUACCGUACGACCAAGAAUUUCACUGGCCGACAGAAGGCUCAAUGACGUGGUGUUGGUCAGAGAAAACAGUCUGCACAGAUACAUAAACUGCAUCCCGUCUCCCUUCUCUCUCUGAGCUACGGGUAUGCGCUCCAAUAUCGGUAGCCAUCGAAGCUGGUAAGCUUACCUGCUCAUACAUCUCAAAUGCCUCUUUCCCCCGGUUUGUCGGCUCGUGAUAUCCCCUUCUCUCAGGCACCAAGGCCAAGCCGAAUCUUACAGUAUUUCUUACGACUUCUUUCUGGGGCUUUCGUCAUUGGAAAAGCCGCAAUCAGCCCUAGGACCGUUCCACGAGUUUUCCAAGCCUGACACGGUAUGCUUUAAAACCGAUGCAUACCUUCUUUCUCGCUUCAUAGACUGUUCUUCCCCUUUUGUCUCUCAGAAAAGUGGUCAACGCUACGUGCAAUGGACUUUUAGCAUAGCAAAACAACCGAAUCAAGACAAGCACAUGAAAGAGAUUCGAUUCAGACUCGUUCAAAGCCGAUAGCAGAAAUGGAGAACAAUCCAAUUACAAUAGAAACUCCAAAAAGAAAACGAGCAUUCCUACCCAAAUCCCGAAGCGGCUGCAAAACAUGCAAGUGAGUCCCCCAAUCAUCCAUCUCCUUCUCUCGCCAAUCUCCCCUUUUGGAACUUGAUCAUACGAUCACCACACAACUUUGUACAACCUAAAUCAUUGAAACCUCUCAAUUUCCAGAAUCCGACGAGUAAAAUGCGAUGAGCAAAAGCCAUCCUGCGCACGCUGCAUCCACUCGGGACGAGCCUGUGACGGCUACGCACCCUCACGUCUUCCCCCCUUGCAAGUACCCACCAUGGUGCUUGCCUCUAUGUCUGCAGGUACACGUGCAGAUCCAGUCAACAGUUUACUGCCCUAUCAUCUCUUUCAUAAUCCUCAGGAACGCAGAGCUUUCGAUUUCUUCCUUAAAUGUACGGUUUCUCAGCUUUCGUGUGUGAUAAGGAGUGACUUUUGGACGAGGGAUGUCUUGCAGGCUGCUCAUCAUGAGGCUGCUAUUAAGUAUGCUGUUGUUGCUCUCGGGUCUCUCCAUGAGGGCUGUGUGAGGGGCGAAUCUAGGAUUAGUUGGGAAGGUGAAGAGGGGAAUCGGUUGGGGUUUGCGACAGGGCAGUACAUUAAAGCCAUUGGGCAUUUUUGUGAUCCAAAAAGGAAAGAGAAGAAGAGACUAGAUGUUGCCUUGAUCACUUGCAUUUUGUUUAUCUGUUUUGAGGUGAGUGAAGUAUCCUGCGGGCUAAGCGUUGAGAAAAAUUGUCGCUUACUUAUGUUGCUGAAGUUGCUUCGAUGUCAGCUCAAUUCCGCACUCUCGCACAUCAACGGUGGCGUCAAGAUCCUGAAAGAACUUCAGAGUUCUAACUCUCUUACGAUUCCUGCUCAAUCAUAUGUCCCAGUUUCAACACUACGGAAUAUAUUCAAACGCCUUGAUUCCCAAGCCAGUCAACUCAGCUUUGGUCGUCGCCGCCAUUUACUCUCUGAGCAUUCCAAAACCAAACUCGCACACGAUCUAAAAUUUGAAUCUUUAGAAGAUGCUCGUAACGCGCUAGAUGACAUCUGGGGCUCCGCAACUUUACACAUAGCCACAUCACCACCUCCAAAUGUUCCGCCGGACGAGGCGAGAAAGAACUUGGCCGCGAUGCAAAACCUGAUCUAUGAGGAACUAGAGAUAUGGAGUCGCAGUUUUGGGGUUCUGGUAAACUAUCUCAAAAGCAAAGGGAACCUGGAUGGUCCAACGCAGAAUUCGGUAAACACAAUGGAGUUACAAUGGAAACAAAUAGGCUUGCUUCGACAAACGGAUGCAGCCCUGAUGGUUGAGGAUGAAAUGUUCUGGGACGGGUUCGCCCAUGAAUACGAAGUCAUGCUCUCAAUGGCAGAGUACAUCAUCGCCUCGACACCUCCUUCCACCUCCAGACCGAUCACGAAACCAACUUCUGUAAAAACAGAAACAAGGGGAGAAGAACUACUUUUCUACCUCGAUAACUCCGUUCUCUUCCCACUCUUCUUCAUCGCCGUCAAAUCGCGUGACAGAAUUCUUCGCCGUAAAGCCCUGACCGCCCUAGAACAAGCGAAUCGCCAAGAAGGCGUGUGGAAUUCCAAUUUUCUUGCUUCAGUUGCGAGAAAGGUCAUCGAUAUUGAAGAGGAAGGAUUGGCGGAAGAGGAACUGGAGAGGAUUCCGAGGGAGAGGAGAGUGUGGCGUGUUAGCGGAUUGUUCAAUGGGGCUCCGCGUAAUGCGAAGAUGGUGUUUGUUAGGGUCGCGAGGCCGCAGGUUGAGGAGUAUAUUGAUUGGUGAAUCUUCAAGGGGUAGGGAGGAGUGCUGAAUAGACUCUUAGUUGGCUGAUUAGCUGACGUGAUUAGAGUAACUACUUCUGAUAACGUCUUAACACUCUACAAAAUGGAAGCUGAUAACCCCCCCUUUCUGUUGUCUGGAAAUUAGAAAUUUACCGCUCUACCGAUCAAGUAGUAAAUAUAGUUUUCACUAAGAUCAUAAGUCUUUUUUCUAUACUUAUAUAACUAACAUCUGUACUCAC